AUGUGUUUGUGUUUACAGUAUGGAUUUAUAAACACAUGCCUGAAGUCUUUGGUGGUUGAAAAGUAUGGUGAAGAAACAUGGGAAAAAUUAAGACUGCAGGCUGGAGUCCAGGAUUCUUUCUUGACUUUUGAGGUUUACAAAGAUGAGAUCACAAUGCAGCUUGUCGACAAAGCCUGCAAAGUAUUAGGUGUUCCUGCUGACUUGGUUCUGAGAGAGUUUGGAAAGUAUUUCUUUGAAUUCUGUAAGCGCUCAGGCUAUGACCACAUGCUGAGGACACUGGGUGGAAAUCUCUAUGAGUUCAUAGAGAACCUGGAUGCAUUGCACAGCUACCUGUCCCUUUCUUACCAGGAAAUGAAUGCACCAUCUUUUAGAGUAGAAAAGAAUGAAGAUGGGUCAAUGCAUUUACACUACUAUUCAGACAGAAGAGGUCUGUGCCAUAUUGUACCAGGAAUCAUUGGUGCAGCAGCCCUGGAUUUUUUUAACAUUGAGAUUUCAAUGAAAAUAGUCAAUCAAACAGAAGAAGAGGAAAGAACUGGGAAAAAAGAACAUAUUGUUUUUCUUGUCACUCAAAACCCUGUAUUUCCAUGCAAGGAAAGAAAUGAAAUUUCUUCCUCACCUCGAUGUCUUGUUGACUCUGAAAAACAAAGUGAGAGCCAACUGAAUAAAGAGGACCUUGAAAAAGCCAAGAAUACAGUGGGAGACAGAGGAAACUCUGUCUGUCCUGUUAAGAAAAGUCACUGGAAAACAUUAAGAGGAAUAAUUGCAUUAGGAAAAGGUAAGCUCCUCAGAGGAUUUGAUCCUGUUUAUCCCAAGAGCCUCUGGAUUGACACAAAAACAUUUUGCAAUGGACUUCCUUUCCAUAUGGUUUUUGACAAAGAGCUCAGAGUGAAGCAAGCUGGGGUGAGCAUUCAAAAGAUCGUACCUGGCGUUCAGACCAUGGGCAUCUCCUUGGAUCAGUACUUCAGGAUCGUUCACCCAGAAGUACCCUUCACCAUCUCCAGCAUUCAGAAAUUCAUCAACAGCCAAUUUGUUUUCCAGACUAGAAGAGAGAUGAUGCCAGAGUCAUGGAAGCAACGGCCAAUGCUAGAGCUGAGAGGGCAGAUGAUGUGGAUGGAGUCCCUGCAGUGCAUGCUCUAUCUCUGCUCGCCUUUGCUUCGCACUUUGCACGAGCUGGAGGAGCGACAGAUGCACAUUGCAGACAUUGCACCUCACGACGUGACCAGGGAUUUGAUUCUUCUCAAUCAGCAGCGGCUGGCAGAGAUGGAGCUCUCUAACCAGCUGGAGAGGAAGAAGGAGGAACUGCGGAUACUGUCAAAGCACCUGGAGGAGGAGAAGAAGAAGACUGAAGCUCUGCUCUAUGCUAUGCUUCCCCAGCACGUGGCCAACCAGCUGAAAGAGGGGAAGCGAGUUGAGGCAGGAGAGUUCCAGGAGUGCACUAUAUUGUUCAGUGACGUUGUGACCUUCACCAACAUCUGUGCCCAAUGUGAGCCUAUUCAGAUAGUUCUCAUGUUAAAUUCAAUGUACCUGCGAUUUGACAGACUGACCACGGUGCAUGACGUGUACAAGGUGGAGACAAUUGGAGAUGCCUAUAUGGUGGUAGGUGGGGUCCCUGUGCCUGUUCCCACUCACGCUGAGCGAGUUGCUAAUUUUGCCUUGGGGAUGAUAAUUGCAGCUAAAGGAGUACAGAACCCAGUUUCUGGAAAUCCUAUCCAAAUUCGAGUUGGGAUCCAUACAGGUCCUGUCUUGGCUGGAGUUGUUGGAGAAAAGAUGCCUCGUUAUUGCUUGUUUGGAGACACAGUGAAUAUUGCUUCCCGGAUGGAGAGCCACGGUGUGCCCAGUAAAAUACAUCUGAGCUCCAGUGCCUAUCAGUGCCUAAAAUACAAGAAUUUCGAGAUUACUGAGAGAGGAGAAAUAGAAGUAAAAGGCAAAGGGAAAAUGCAUACAUACUUCCUCAUUAGAAAUAAAACUGCAACUGAGAAUGAGAUUAUGGGAAGGCCAAUGAAAGACUUAGAUUCUGGCCAUGAAUCUGUUCAAUCUUUUCAAGAAGGCAGGACUGAAACAAUACCAAGUUCUCAUCAGCCAGUUACUCAGACUCAGCCAGAGAAGGACCAGACCCCAACUAUUGCAAUGAAGUAUGUUGAUGGCCCCACAGAUGCCCAAAACAGCCUCCAAAGAAGAAAUCAAAGGAAAAUUGCAGAUUUAACAGGCAAAACUUGUGAUUCCAAAAGCGAUGGGAGUCUCCAUGGCAACCAGCAUGCAGAUGAUGGUCCCCGUCCUCUAAACCAGGGAAGAGUCAAAGUUGCUGCUGAAGAGCCACAGAACAGAAAUGUUCGCUCUAAUUUUUGCACUUUACUCUAAGUUUUUUAGUUUUACAUUAAACAGAAAAAAUUAUUAUGAUUUUCUGCAUUUUGCUGUUGUGGGACUGUUUUUCUUAUAUCAAGCACCACG